UCCGUCCCGCACAGCUCUCAGCCAUGCCCAAAUUCCUGCUGGCUCUGGUGCUUGGAGUGCUGCUCUCAGAGAAGUGGCUGGUGAGUGAAGCCAGGACACCGUCCUAUGGGGUGAAGCUGUGUGGCAGGGAGUUCAUCCGUGCUGUCAUCUUCACCUGUGGAGGAUCCCGCUGGAGACGAGCAGGAAAUCUCAGUGCUUUCCUUGGGGGAGAUCCUGCAGAAGCAUUUGAUGCAACAUCGUUAUCCAAUGAGUGGAAUCCAGUGCAUUCCUCCCAACAGGAUCCCGCUGACAAUUAUGGGAGCUGGCAAGGUCGGCAGAGCUAUGCCCUCUCCGAAGAGCCCUGGCCUUUGGAUCGCGGAGCCCGAGAUGUCAUGGAAAGCCUGAGCAAUGCCUGUUGUAAGUGGGGCUGCAGCAAGCGUGAGAUCAGUUCUCUAUGUUAG